ACAGAUACAAUCGAUUUGCGAACGCCUGCACACGUUUGACUUUACUUUCUCGGCUAUGAAAGCCUGGACAAGUUCAUCAAGCUGACGAGAACUUGCACAAAGGUUUUCUUUUCCAACGCUUUCGCUAUCGUUCCUGGCGAAGCAAGCAAGCCAUGAUCAUGAGACGACGUUCAUAUAUUUUGUUGUUAUUAUAGCCAUCAUCAACACUCGUGCAGUUUCAACUGCAGCUGGAGUCAUUUUGUGUUGGUUCAAUGCCUGGAGCUGUUGCUUGAGCCCAGCACUCCACAAACAAUCAUGUCAUCAAUGGGUUGUUGCAGUACAAGCGUAAGGUCGAGGUCCGGACGAGUAGCAGAUGAAUCCCUCGGGGUAGAACUCCAAAGAACAAAGAGGAAUGGAUUGACCGGCCGGACACCGACGGAGGAUGUCCCAAUCCUUAGCUCAGCCUUGAAGAAUACCAACCCCAAGUUCAGAAAAUCCUUGAAAUCCAAAGUCCUGCACAGAGUAUUCUCGGAGGACUAUGAGAGGGCGAAGAAUUACAUCUUCGAUCCAAGGGGCCAAACCAUUCAUAGAUGGAACAGGAUCUUCUUAACGGCUUGCGUGGUCUCUCUGUUUGUUGACCCGCUUUUCCUUUUCAUGCCGUCGCUCGACAGCAACAAUUACUGCAUAGAAGAUGCGUUUACUGCCAAGGUCAUCCUAACGACUAUAAGAUCGGUGCUCGAUGCCUUCUAUGCAGCUCAGAUUAUCCUUCGGUUUAGGACGGCUUAUGUCGCACCCUCUUCUCGGGUGUUUGGGAGGGGAGAACUGGUCAUAGACUCAAAAAAGAUCGCGUCAAGAUACUUGUCUAGAGGCUUCUGCAUUGACCUGUUUGCGGCUUUUCCUCUUCCUCAGGUGUUAGUUUGGGCUAUAAUUCCUAAUCUCGGGGGUUCGAUCACAAUACAAACAAAAAACGUGCUCCUCUUCAUCAUCUUCUUUCAGCAUGUGCCGAGGAUUCUUCUUCUACUUCCACUGCGGUCGGAAAUUAUUAAUGCCAGUGGUGCGCUAACGGAGAGAGCAUGGGCCGGGGCUGCAUACAACUUGUUGAUCUACAUGUUGUACGCGCAUGUCGCAGGAGCUUGCUGGUACCUUAAUUUUGUUCAGAGACAAGAGUUUUGCUGGGAAGUCAUCUGUGAUCAAGAACCUUUGUGCCGGUAUGAUUUCUUCGACUGUCGACAUGUUAACGACCCCGGUAGGUCCAGCUGGUAUGGUUCAACCAACUCGACAGCUCUGUGUGAGUCAAGUAAUGCCAAUACCCCUGUUCUAUGGGGUGUAUACCAAACAAUUCUGGGCACUUCUCUUGCAAGCACCGAGUUCUUCAGCAAGUACUUCUUCUGUUACUGGUGGGGUCUGAACAACUUGAGUGAUAUAGGGCAGAACCUUCUUCCGAGUAAUUAUGUUGGUGAACUACUCUUUGUAAUCAUCUUUGCCAGUCACGGACUGCUUUUGUUUGCACUGCUCAUUGGCAAUAUGCAGCGAUACCUCCACUCCACGACCAUUCGAUUAGACCAAUGGGUGAUCAAGAGGACAGAUACAGAGCAAUGGAUGCAUCAUAGACAUCUACCACCAGAUCUGAGACAAGCUGUUCGGACGUAUGACCAGUAUGAGUGGGCAACAACGCGAGGUGUCGAUGAAGAAGCCCUUCUCAGAGACCUUCCAGUGGACCUAUGUAGAGAGAUCAAGCGGCAUCUUUGCUUUGAUCUAGUCCGACGUGUGCCGCUAUUCAAUCAAAUGGAUGAGAGGACGCUGGAUGCAAUAUGCGAGAGGCUGAAACCUCUUUUGUGCACGCAAGACAUGUACUUAGUACGUGAAGGCGAUCCAACCGAAGAUAUGUUCUUCAUAAUCCGGGGCCACCUCGAAUCCUGGACAACCAACGACAGCCGCACAGGAUUCCUCAACUCGUGUCGUCUGGGCCCCGGGGACUUCUGUGGUGAAGAACUGCUAACAUGGGCCCUGGACCCGUGUCAAGGCAUGAUCUUACCCACGUCCACGCGCACAGUCAAGGCAUUGAAAGAAGUGGAAGCAUUCUCUCUCGCGGCCAGUGACUUAAAGUUCGUGGCAUUGCAAUUUAGAAGGCUACAUAGCAAAGAACUGAGGCACAAGUUCAGGUUCUACUCGCACCAGUGGCGCACAUGGGCUGCGUGCUUCAUUCAAUCUGAGUGGCGCCGUCAUAAGAAGUUGAAGGAGGAGGCUAAGCAAAGAGACGACAAGGAUGGCGCGACAGGAAAAUCGAAUUCUCCAAGGUUGUUCUGGGACACGUACGCGAGGGAGCUGAUAGAGAGCAGCCGAAGGGAUGAGAAUAAUCCAGUGGAGUCGGCUUCUGAUUCUGUGAACAUGGUACAAAAGCCAGUGGACCUGGAUUUUUCUGUAGACUAUUAAGACGCGCAUUGAAGCCUUGCACUUUUCUAUGUAUAUCUUGAUCAGAGAACUAAGGUGUGCUUCAAUAUUUGUAUAUUGGUGUAUGAUUAUAGGGAUGGAUUGUUAUUGAUCUGGAACAACAUUAUGGAGUAUAUUAGAUCAGCAAGAGUCCAA